AUGUCUCUAAUCGAGGAGAAAGGACACACAUAUCAUUCAUCGGACACGGAAAAUGAUCCUUAUAUUAAGGGCGAGCUUACCGCGCAGGGGUAUGAGGAUCCGGAUGAAGCAUUGGGAGAUGCAGAAAGGGCAGCUAUCGGCUCAGAUGAACUAUCUCUAUAUAUAUCUGGCCCUUCGAUGUCAUGGUUUCUAACAGAGAUCAAAAACAUCACAGGACCGCAGGCUGCUAUGGAAACUCGAUUUGCACCUCGUGCCGUGGUUGAGCCUUCUUUACCUGGUUUCGUUUCUUGA